GAUGCAGCUGAAGUUCCUGAAGACGCUCCUGCCGCCGCAGGACCGGUCCUCCAGAGUGACGUGCAUGGCCUGGGCCCCCAACAGCACCAAGCUGGCCGUGUGCACCGCCGAGAGGGUGGUUCUCCUGUACGACGAGCACGGAGAACGACGAGACAAGUUCUCCACCAAGCCCCUGGACCCCAAGUAUGGGAAGGAGAGCUACCUGGUGAGCGACAUGGUCUUCUCUCCAGACUCCACCCGGAUCGCAGUGGGACAGUCAGACAACAUCGUCUAUGUUUACCGAAUUGGAGAGGAAUGGGGUGACAAGAAAUCCAUCUGCAACAAGUUCAUUCAGACAAGCGCCGUGACUUGCCUGCUGUGGCCCGCCGACAACGCCAUCGUGUUUGGAUUAGUGGACGGAAAGGUUCGCCUCGCUAACACUCAAACCAACAAGUCUUCAACCAUCUACGCCACCGAGUCCUGUGUCGUCUCGCUAGCAUCCAAUGCUUCUGGGAAAGGUUUCCUGUCUGGCCACGCCAACGGAUCCAUUGUACGAUAUUUCUUCGAUGAUGAAGGUUCAGGAGAAUCUCAGGGCGAGUUGCUGCUCCACCCCUGCGCCCCCUCCGCCCUGGCCUGGGGGGUGAACAGUGUUCUGGUGGGCGGCUGCGAUCAGAAGGUUGUGGUCUACAGCCGUGACGGCCGCCUGCUGCAGACCUUCGACUACGGUCCAGAACGGCAGCAGGGAGGAUUCAGCGCCGCCGCCAUGGCGCCCAGCGGGGGGUCUGUGGUGAUGGGCAGCUUCAACCGGUUGAGGGUGUUUAACUUUUCUCCCAGGCGAGGUUUGUGGGACGAAGCCAAACCCAAAGAGAUUGAGAACCUUUAUUCAGUCACCAGUCUGGAGUGGAAGAAGGAUGGAUCACGACUGUGUGCAGGGACUCUCUGUGGGGGGGUGGAGUUGUUCGACUGCUGCCUGCGGAGAAGCAUCUACAAGAACAAGUUUGAGAUGACGUACGUCGGCCUGAGCCAGGUGAUCGUCAGGAACCUGUCGUCAGGAACCCGAGUGGUUCUGAAGUCCUUCUAUGGCUACGAGAUCGAGGAGGUGAAGAUCCUGGGAAGAGAACGUUACCUGGUCGCUCACACCUCAGAAACUCUGCUGCUGGGAGACAUGCUGAGCAACAGGCUGAGUGAGGUUCCGUGGCCCGGCUCCGGGGGAAACGAGAAGUUCUUUUUUGAAAACGAAUCGGUCUGUAUGAUCUUCAACGCCGGCGAGCUGAGUCUGGUGGAGUACGGCAACAACCAGAUCCUGGGCUCAGUCCGAACCGAGUUCAUGAACCCGCACCUCAUCAGUGUUCGACUGAAUGAGAGGAAGCAGAGAGGAGUUGAGGACAACAAGAAGCUGGCCUAUCUGAUCGACCUCAAGACCAUCGCUAUCGUGGAUCUGUCCGGAGGCGUCAGUCUGGGAACCAUUAGCCACGACUCCAAGGUGGACUGGCUGGAACUGAACGAGACGGGACGCAAGCUCCUGUUCAGGGACAAGAAACUGAGGCUCCACCUGUAUGACGUUGAGUCCUCCACCCGGACCACGGUGCUGAGCUUCUGCUCCUACGUCCAGUGGGUCCCCGGCAGUGAUGUGGUUCUGGCUCAGAACCGGGGAAACCUCCACGUCUGGUAUAGCAUCGACAGUCCAGAGAGCAGCACCAUGUUCCCCAUCAAAGGAGACAUCGUGGACCUGCAGCGAGCCGAUGGGAAGACCGUCGUCAUGGUGACGGAGGGACUCAACACGGUGACGUACCAGCUGGACGAAGGUCUGAUUGAAUUCGGAACGGCGGUGGAUGACGGAGACCUCCACAGAGCCAUGGCCUUUCUGGAGACGUUGGAGUCGUCCCCGGAGACGGAGUCCAUGUGGAAGACACUCAGCCGGCUCGCUGUGGACGCUCGCCAGCUGUGCAUUGCAGAGAGAUGCUUUGCAGCACUUGGCGACGUUUCUACAGUUCGAUUCCUCCACCAGACCAAUCAGAUCGCUGACAGAGUGGAGCAGGAAACGGGGGAAGACGGGACGGAAUACUACCAGGUCCGAGCUCGCUUGGCUGCACUGGACCAGAACUUCAAGUUGGCUGAGAUGUUCUACGUGGAGCAGAACGCUCUGGAUGAAGCGAUCCAGCUGUACCAGGAGCUCCACAUGUGGGACCACUGCAUCGCUGUGGCUGAAGAUAAGGGCCACCCGGAGCUGGACGUCCUGCGGGAAUCGUACUACGACUGGCUGAUGCGGACGGGUCAGAAUGAGAAGGCGGGCGAGCUGAAGGAGAGUCAGGGUGACGGCGCUGCCGCGCUCGCCCUCUACCUCCACGCCGGCCUCCCGGCCAAGGCAGCACGGCUCGCCAUCGGCAGGCCGCAGGUCGUCGGGGGCGAAGAGAUGGUUGGACGGAUCGCUGCAGCGCUGAUCAGGGGGGAGUUCCACGAGAGGGCUGGAGAUCUCUACGAGGCGUUCAGGGACCCUCGUCGAGCUUUAGAGUGUUUCCGUCGAGGUGGAGCUUUCCAGAAAGCGGUGGAACUGGCCCGCUCCGCCUUCCCCCAGCAGGUGGUGCAGCUGGAGGAGCAGUGGGGAGACCAUCUGGUGCAGCAGAAGCAGACGGACGCCGCCAUCAACCACUUCAUCGAGGCGGGCUGCUCCCUGAAGGCCAUCGAGGCGGCCAUCUUGGCUCGCCAGUGGAAGAAAGCCACUCACAUCCUGGAGAUGAACAACGAACCAGCAGCCGAGAAAUAUUACAGGAAGAUCGCUGAACACUACGCUGACACACACCAGUAUGAGUUGGCAGAACAGCUUUUCGUCAGAGGAGGUCACAUCAAAGAAGCUGUGGACAUGUUGACAACAGCUGGACGGUGGGAGGAUGCUCACAAGCUGGCUGUCCACUGUAUGACUGAACAGGAAGUUUCAGAUCUUUACGUCAGCAGAGCUCAGGAGCUCCAGAAAGAUGGAAAGUUCAAGGAGGCAGAGAGGUUGUUCUCCACCGUGCAGCGUCCAGAUUUAUCCAUCAGGAUGUACGAGGAGCUCCGGAUGUUCAAUGACGUUGUUCGCCUGGUGGCUCGACACCACCCAGACCGCCUGAUGGAGACACACCUCCACCUGGCUAUGGAGCUGGCGGCUGAGUCAAGGUUCUCAUUGGCUGAGCAUCACUUCCUGGAGGGUGGAGACUGGAAGGCUGCCAUCAACAUGUACAGAGUCCACCACAUGUGGGAGGAGGCCCACAGGGUGGCCAAGGCUCAUGGCAGUGACUCCGCCCAGCGUCAGGUGGUCUACAUGUGGUCUCGCAGUCUGGGAGUUGAAGCUGCUGUCAAGCUGCUGAACAAGUUUGGUCUGCUGGAGUUCGCAAUCCAGACGGCGUCAAACAACCUACCUUUUGAUUUUGACUUCGCCUUCGACUUAGCCAGGCUGUCCUGUAAAGAAAAGAUCCCUGAGAUCCACCUGAAGCAUGCCUCCUGUCUGGAAGACGAGGGGAAGUUUCCAGAAGCAGAGUUGGAGUUCAUCAAAGGAGGAAAACCCAAAGAAGCAGUUUUAAUGUACAUGCACAUCUCGGACUGGGCCAACGCUCAGCGGGUGGCUGAAGGUCACGACCCUGACAGUGUGUCCGAGGUCCUGCUGGGCCAGGCCAAAGUCUGCUUCCAACAGAAGGACUUCCAGAAGGCUGAGGCCUUCCUGCUCCGAGCCCAGAAGCCCGAGCUGGCCGUCAAGUUCUACAAGGAGGCCCACAUGUGGAGCGACGCCAUGAGGAUCUGCAAGGAGUACCUCCCCAACAAGCUGUUGACGCUCCAGGAAGAGUACGACCAUGAGGUGUCCAAGAGGGGGACCAGGUGUGUGGAGGACAUUCUCCAGCAGGCUCAGCAGUGGGAACAGGCCUCCGACUUCUCCAGAGCAGUGGACUGCUACCUGAAGGUGGAGGACUCCGUUCCCCCUGCUGUGAUGGAGAAGUGCUGGAUGAAGGCUGCUGAGCUGUCCAUUAAGUUCCUGCCUGCAGAGCGAGCGGCGGAAGUGAUCCACGUGGUCGGACCUCGUCUCACACAGCUCAGAAAGUUCAAUGCUGCUGCUGAACUGUACCUGAAUCUGGACCUCAUCAAGGAGGCCAUUGAUGUCUUCAUCGAGGGUGAGGAGUGGAACAAGGCCAAGAGAGUGGCCAAGGAGCUGGAGCCCAGGUAUGAGGAGUACGUGGACCACAAGUACAAAGAACACCUGAAGAACCAGGGACGAGUGGAGUCUCUGGUGGGACUGGACGUCAUGGCAGCUCUGGACUUGUAUGUUGAAAGAGGACAGUGGGACAAAUGUCUAGAAACGGCGUCAAAGCAGAACUUCAAAAUCCUCCAUAAGUAUGUGGCUCUGUACGCCACACACCUGAUCAAGGAGGUGGAGCCUCUGAAGGCUCUGCAGCUCUACAGCCAGCAUGGAGCUCCGCCCACUCCGCAGAACUUUAACAUCUACAAGCGUCUCUUCCUGGAUCUCAUCAACCUCCCAGAAUGCAAUGGGGCUCAGAGCUACAGCAUGUGGGCUGAGCUGCGCAACUUCUUACUGCAGCUGUGUGUAAACCUCUCCAGGUCUUCGGAGUUGAAUUCUUCGUCUCAUCAGGAGUUUGAACAGAUGUUGCUGAUUGCUCAUUACUGUGCAACCAGAUCAGCAGCUAAAGGAGUGGAACAGCUGACCUCAAUGGCGGUCCGGCUCUCGGUGUCCCUACUGCGUCAUACUGAUCUGGUUCCCGCUGAUAAGGCGUUCUACGAGGCAGGUCUGGACUGUCGGUCAUUUGGAUGGGAGAACAUGGCCUUCAUCUUCCUGAACCACUUCCUGGAUCUGUGUGAUGCCAUCGACGAGGGUUCCCUUCACGCUCUGGAUCACUCCGACUUCAUGGACACAGACAUUCCCUUCGAGGUUCCCAUUCCCACCAAAGUCUGCGUCACGGACGAGCAGCGGGAGAAGAUCCGUGAGUGGGUUCUAAUGGUUUCUAUUGAUCAGCGUCUGGAACAAGUUCUGCCGCAAGACGAGAGAAACUCAUAUGAAGCCUCACUGGUAGCAGCCAAGAGUGGCGUGCGCUCGCCUCCCUGCGUUCUCACAGGCUACCCCGUAUUGAAGAACAAACUGGAGUUUCCAUCGGCUGGAAGGUUUGCCAACAAAGACGACUGGAACAAAUUUCUCAUGGCCACCAAGACCAGCCACAGUCAGGAGUGUCAAGAUGUUCUGCACUUCAUGUCUCAGUGGUGUGGAGGUCUGCCAGCAUCCAGCUUCAGCUUCACACACUGACACACACACAGACUUGCACGCGCACACACGCAUGCAUGCACGCACACACCCCGUGUUUCCACCGGAAGCCACGCAAAUUUUUUUGAGCGAUGAGAUGACAUACAAAGUCAACGUAAUGAUGUGAUUGUCGCUCAAUCUUGAGCGGCAGGCGACAGGUGGCAGCCGAUGACGUGGCCAGCAGUGAGCGUUUCCAGCGAAAAUUUGUGGGCCCGUCGACUUGCACUGCCACUCGCCGCCCGCUGAUCGCCGCCCACCGCUUCAUCGCUCAACGCUUGUCGCUUGAGUUGAAAUAAUUGAACUUUUCAUGUGAAUUCGCGCCAGGAAAGCCUAUCAGCGUGGAGGUCUUCAUGGACGUGCUGACGUAGGGCAGCAGGGCUCCGACCACGAAAAACAGUUGGCACCUUGCCAAGGCGAGCGACUUGUGCGAUUUCAUUUGUUCACCGCUUCUGGUGGAAACCCUAGCGUCAGCCUGAAGUAGCGCUGGAACCGGCCGUCCAGGCGCAGCUUCUGCAGCUGACGUUGACUUCCCUAUGCCAAAUACAGAGCAGCCAUGGUGGUGGGCGGAGCCAUCUCAAUCUCAAUCUUUAUUUGUUAAAGCUCUUCUCAUAUUUAUAAAAACAACGCAAAGUGCUGAACAGUAAAAACAGUCAUAAAAACAAAAAAAGAACAAAAACCACACCAUCAAUCAGUAUGCGCGCACACAUACGCACUCACACAGACAGACACACAUACACACACACACACACACACACACACACACACAGACAGACAGCCGGGUGCACACGAGACCGUGGGACAGACAUCAGAAGAAUCCUAUCCACCGCUACUGUGCAGGAGACAGCGAUGAGGAGGGUGUGAUGUUUUUGGAGAAUGUUUUGUUUUGCAUAUUUGUACCAGUGAUAACACUCGAGCGCCUAGCGCGGAGCGAUUUUGUCGCUCGAAUGAAUUCACACACCAGCGAUAAAACUCGUGCAUCUAGUGCGGCGUCAUUUUGCGUUCAACGCGUCCGGUGGAAACACGGCAACACACACACACACACACACACACACACACACACACACACACACACACACACACACACACACACACACACGCUCUGUCUCUCUCUCUCUCUCUCUCUCUCUCUUUGUAAUACACGUAUAUCUCCAAAAUUGUUUUCUUGAACCUGUUAACAGUUUAAAUGAAAUGUGUUUUUCUUUUGUGUCGUUACACUUCACAGUCCCUCUGCUGCUAGCAAACAUGUUGAAGAAAAUUUAGAAAGUUCUCCUAUACCUCCUUUCACUGAUUUCUCAUUUAGCUUUGAAGUUUUUAUUUUAUUUUAUUUAUUGUUUUUUCAUUAACCUGUCCGGUUCAAACGCCAACCUCGGCUGGUAAAACAUGAAGAUAAUGCUGAAGUGCAGAAAAGCUGUAAAACUAGGGAAAUUCCAGCAGGGGGCGAUAGUGUUGGUUUGAAAAAGCCCCAGUCUCAUUGGAACCAUUCAAAAAUACUGAUUUUCUGAUUGCAAAUAAACAUAUAAAUCACCCGG